AAGCACACGCUUCAUCGGGAAAUGAAAAAAAAUCAAUUUAUAUCUAUUAAAACAUCCUUAGGGGCUGUUCCAUAUUCAUGGACAAAUUCAGAUAAUGGCAUGACGUCAAAUUUUUAUUGUAGACAAACAAUGCUCUGUGGAGGUAUCCUCGGUAAUUUGUAGAAGUUAGACUUUAUCAACCUUUCCCUGUCUGGUGAGUGCAUAAUGUAACACUGUUUGCUUUCUGUGGACAAUCCCGCUCUCGAUGGAGACUUAAUUGAUACGGUGUCUUGUAGGACUACUUCCAAAAAAAGUGCUCAACAUUUUCAGAAUGUCCGGAUGCAUUGAUCAUGGUGUCUCUGGAUUCUCAUAAAUUAUUCAUUCAGCAUUCACCGCAGUCCAUUGGUACAUACUGUCACUUCCGACAAUGUACUAGGUCGUUGUUGCUAAUGGGGAAAAAUCCAGAAUUUGCUCGUCCUGACCAAGAAUGCCGGGAACUUGGUGUUUUCAAAGUUGAAAAUGCAGAAUAAAUUAACUGUCAACGCAGGACACUAAUAGUCCAGUGAAAUACACAGGACAAAAUAUGGAUAACGGAUACGGCAUUCUGAGUCGACUUCGCCGGAAUACUAAUUCUAGUAGUUCCUCGUCUUCAGAGGAUGACCUGUUUACUGAGUCCAACAACUUAGCGAUGUUCGUCGUGAUUCCUGUUCUGGUGAUAGUGUACGGUGGUUGUGCGUGCAUAUACUGCUGCUACAAAUGCAGAAGAUACCUCAAGGAAAAUAAACCUUUUCAAGAAAUAGCAGACAAGAUUCGUGGGCGAGAAACGGAGGAAAACGAAGACUGCAAUGAGAAUCUGGAAGACUCAACACAAGAUCCUCCGGAUGAGGAGUCACGCCUGGAGACGAAUAGCGGUUGUCGUAAUUUACAUUCGAACCAUAGUUCUCCGGGACCAGAAGGCGCAGUGAGGUAUGUCGAUUACGACACUGAUUUACGAUCGGCGAUGUCUACGCCGGGAAUGCUGUAUAAAAGGGAUAAUUCUGUGAAAUCGAGAAUACAAAAACGUAGCACAUCAAGCGCUGUGGUGCACAACGAAUCUGAUUCAGAGAUGCGAUCGGAUUCAGGGAUAUUAGAAGACUCGACUCUCACACAUUUGUCCGAUUCACGAUCAACGAGACACAAACUGUCUGCCGAGGCGCCGCUUGUUAUAGAAGAAAUUGACCAUACCGCUGUAGAAUCAAAAGGAAUCUCUUCACAUGCCGCAAACAAUCCGAGUGCACCCUUCUAUCUCACAAAACAUGUUUCCACAUCAGAAAUUGCAAUUCAAACCGACGAUUUCGAUAUUCAGGGCAAUAAUUUUGAAUCAAAACCUCCAAGAAACAACGUUGUUGCGAAAUAUAUGGACUGGAGGAAGAGCAGGAAAGGGACAGAAAAAAAUCAGAAGAAUAUCAAAAAAGAUUCCAACAAAGAUUUUUCAAAAUCGGAUACUAAAAACAGCUUUUCGUCAGAUUCGGGAAUAAGUAUCAUAAGUGAUAAGCUUGCAACAUUCGGCGUGAAUUCGGAAGAAACGUUGGGAAAUCGAAAUACCACUGCAUCAUUUAAAUUCAGAAAUCAACCAUUCAAGAAGACCAGAACUCAAGAGUCAGUAACAAACAUGGAUUUGAAAGAGUUUAUUGUCGGCCCAUGGAAGUGAUGCAAUGGAAUUUCAUCAUUAUCCCCAUCGUCAUCAUCAUCAUCAUCCUGUGAAAUUUAUUUUCAAUAAUUAAAAGUUGAAAUGAAAUUCUUGCUGGUGCUUAAACGUUUUAUUCUGCUCCAGUAAUCUUUUUAUAAUAAUAAUAAAUUCUUUUAUUUGGAUA